GGAACCUUCCCGAAGCUUGCUGCGUAGUUACAUCAGAGGAAGCCGAGUCCUUGUCGCAUUUGUACUUGUGAGGGGCUUUUAAAACUCUAGGACAAGUGGGGAGAGGUGAUCCGGUAGACGAGCAAGAUGUUUGCAGCGAGAUUGGUCUGCCUUCGCAGCGUGCCUGCGCUGGCCUUGCGCCCGACACUGACCCAGGGCUCUCCCGCUCUGAGGAACACCACGCUGAAGACCCAGCAGUGGCUUCUGCAGCCCAACCAGGGUCAUUCAACCAAAGCCAGGUUCGGGCUGCGCCGUGGCAAAUCCGCUCGCGAAGAACUCAAAGAGGCCGUUUUGGAACCGUCAGUGGGGACGGCUGCCAGAAUUGAUUUGACCGGCAGACUGGUCGUUGCGGGGGGCGCCGUGGUUGGUCUUGGCGCUCUGUGUUACUAUGGACUGGGAAUGUCUAAUGAAAUCGGGGCGGUGGAGAAGGCUGUAAUUUGGCCCCAGUACGUAAAAGACAGAAUCAGGUCGACCUACAUGUACUUUGCCGGCAGCAUCGGCCUCACGGCUCUGUCUGCCGUAGCGGUUAGCAGGUCGCCGGCUCUCCUGAACCUGAUGAUGAGAGGCUCCUGGCUGGCCAUCGGGGCGACCUUCGCAGCAAUGAUCGGAGCCGGGAUGCUCCUGCGAUCCAUCUCAUACGAACAGAGUCCCGGAGCCAAGCAUCUCGCGUGGAUGUUACAUGCUGGUGUGAUGGGCGCCGUGGUGGCUCCUUUAACGUUGUUAGGAGGGCCCCUGCUUAUAAGGGCCGCCUGGUACACGGCUGGCAUUGUAGGGGGUCUGUCCACGGUAGCCAUGUGUGCACCAAGUGAGAAGUUUCUCAACAUGGGAGGACCGCUGGGCGUUGGUCUGGGCCUUGUCCUUGCAUCAUCUAUCGGAAGUGCUUUCCUUCCUCCAACCUCUGCGUUUGGGGCUGGCCUCUACUCCGUUGCGAUAUACGGGGGUCUGGUGUUAUUUGGGAUGUUCCUUCUGUACGACACACAGAAAGUCAUCAAACGGGCCGAGACCCAUCCGGCGUACGGGGUACAAAAGUUCGACCCGAUUAAUUCGUGCCUGGGAAUCUACACAGAUACCUUGAACAUCUUUAUCCGCGUGGCCAUGAUAAUGGCCGGUGGGGGAGGGGGCAAAAGGAAAUGAACCCGUAAAAAUAAGAGUUCUGCCCCAAAGCACUUUACACGCCUCCUGGAUCUUGAAUACGCGCUUAUGCAAACAUCAAAGAUGCGCGUCGAUUGAAUCGUUUGUUUAGAUUUCUGAACUCAUUAUGUAUAAUUCUCAUUCAUAAUAUCGAGGACCGGAAUGGAAGAAGGGGGGGGGGCGGAAAAUGUCUUUUACCAUCCAAUCUUCAAGGAUUCCUUUCCGAGAUGGAGACGCAGAGGUCGGAAUAAUUGCAGCUGUAACGGGUCAUCAAAGUGGGUUUAUAGUGAUGUCAUAAACUGAACACCUAUUUGUUCCGGGAAAUAAAAACAUUUUGUUUUUCAAA